AUGGUAAACCUCGCAGUUAGCAGCAACCUAACUGGCGAGCGAGGCAGAAGGGUAAAAGGUGGGGAUAAGGAAUCUCACAUAGAAACAACCAAAAAGAUGUCUACAACCUAUGAUGACCGGAGGCUUGGAAAUAAUAGGGUAAAAGGGACUAGAAAAAGAGUUUGCUUUGUCCACAUCACUUGCACUAGACAUCACCUGAUUCUAAUAAUGCAUUUAAUAAUAGUGAUGAAAUUGAUAAAGGGAGUAGAAAGUAGUCAUGAACCUUUUAAAUGGUCUUUGAUAAAAUGGGAAGAUUCAAGGGUGGUUAGAACAGUCAUAACAGCAGGGUCUCCAUCGUUCCAAGUCAGCCUUACAGAAUUAGUAACCUUCAGGUACAGGAUGACAGCAAACAAGUACAAGGCCGUCUAUAUGUGCCCAGCCUUUAACCCAGGGAAACCUUAUUGCAAUUACCCUGGUUACAACUUCUGUGCAUAUUGGGGUUGUGAAACAUUAGCCCUUGGUUUUCAUCCAGGCGGCCCGCCCGAUCAGUACUUAAAGAUAGGGAGAGGUCCUCACGGAUGCAAACCUCCUCGGUACAAUUAUUCAUGGGGCAUAAAGGGAGGUGACCAUACAUGGUGUCAAUUUAUACACCUGAAUGUCACAAGGCCAGACGAUCCAGUAUGGAUAAUAGGAAAGACCUGGGGAUUAAUGGCAUUGCAGCCAGGCACAGAUCAAGGAGUAAUGAUUCUAAUAAAGAAAGAACCAAUACCACAUGACCCGGAACCGGUAGGACCUAAUCCGGUAAUAGGAGAGGGAGGUCAAAGAAACAUUGUAAACACCUCGACUCCAAACACCUCAGCCUUGAGAGAAAAUGCUACAGAAACCAAGAAUGAAACCAAAAACUGGCCAGAGAAAAAUCAGCCUGUCCAAGAAUAUAAUACACUUUGGAAAGUAAUGCAAGCCACCUUUAAGGUGCUAAAUGAUACAUACCCCAAUAUAACGAAAGAAUGUUGGCUAUGUUACAUGGUAAAACCACCCUUUUAUGAAGCCAUAGGAUCUACUGCCGAACACAGGUGGGUAAAUGGAACAAACCCCAGAGAGUGUCUAUGGAGAAAGGAACAAGACAAUACCCCUGGGAUAUCUCUAGCUCAAGUGAGGGGUAAAGGGAGGUGUGUAGGGAACAUCCCUAAAGACAAGAAUCAUCUAUGCAAAAGCCAGAUGGUAAUACCUAUACCAGAUCCAAAGAAGCCAGCUCAAUGGCUCCUCCCUGCCGUAAAUACUAAGUGGGUGUGUAACACCUUGGGAGUCACACCGUGUCUAGCAGUUAAUAGUUUCGAUAUUACCUCAGAAUAUUGUAUUCAAGUUCUAAUCCUCCCUCGAAUAGCAUAUCAUUCUAAAGAUUACGUCCAUGAACAACAUAUCACCUCUAAGAAUCAUUUAACAAAAAGGGAACCAUUUACAGCCCUCACCGUGGCAGUUUUACUUAGUGUAGGAGGUGCCGGAGUAGGAACAGGUGUUGCGUCCUUAGUUAAUCAACAGCAAGGGAUGAAAGAUUUGAGAAUUUCUGUAGAUGAAGAUUUGCAGAAAAUAAAUACAGCUAUAAACGGAUUAGUAAAAUCAGUAAGAUCCUUAUCAGAAGUAGUACUACAAAACCGUAGGGGGUUAGAUCUUUUGUUCCUACAACAAGGGGGGCUAUGCGUAGCCUUAAGAGAAGAGUGCUGUACUUACGUAGAUCAUACUGGCGUAGCAGUAGAUGCCAUGGCAGAGCUAAAGAAACAAAUUGAACAAAGAAAGAGAGAACGAGAGGCACAACAAAGUUGGUAUGAAUCCUGGUUCAAUCACUCUCCUUGGUUUACAACCCUUCUGUCUAGCUUAGCAGGACCACUAAUACUGUUUGUUUUAACAUUGACCUUUGGACCUUGUAUCUUUAACAAACUUAUCAAUAUAGUCAAGAGAAGAUUAGAGGCUGCUCAUUUAAUGCUUAUUAGGGCAAAGUAUGAGCCGUUAAAUAAGGUAGAAAUGGAAGAUUAUUUAGAACUCAGCAGAAAAGAACUAGUAAGAUACAGUGAACAAAAAGAGUAA